GAUUUACCUCAAAAGGAGCUUAUGGGUUUGAGAAGUUCUUGACGAUGCCUUUUGGACUUCCUCCCUUACGACCUUUGGAAGAACCAUUCUCCGACGUCCACAUAUUGGCUGGUUCCCUCCCAGGGCUUGAUACUCCUUUCUCCAUGGUGACUACGUAUGUCAGACAAUUCAUCACAAGUAACGAGAACAAACAUGACACGUGAGGUUCUACCUGCUUUUUAUUCUUCAUGACCUCGGCGACCUCGGCAUGGCGCGUGUCAGAGAUGACAAAAGACAGUUUCUACAGAGUAACUCAUCAUAUCUGGUACGGACAGGGGAAGUAAAAGUCGACAAGCAGAAUGGAAGACGUCACAAUCCGAAACUCGACCACUUUGACCUUCCAGGGUCUGUUUGCUCAAUUGAUGAUACCGUGCACACAAGAGAAUCUUUUACUUAGGUAAAUCCAGGUAAGGAUUUCAUUCUUCUUUUCUGCAGGUGUGCUAUAAGGUAUCAAAAGAGUCCAACACCUUAAGGUGCUUGAAACAAGUAAAGCAAACGUUCUCCCAUACUCCCGCACAUUUCCAACAUCGGUCGAUCUUCUGUUGUAUACCUUCACCACGACAACUUACUAUCUCCAACAAACAUCCACAAUGGCCGCCGGCAAGACACUCAAAGAAUUAUCUAUCAAAUCCAACCCUACGGCUCUUGGAGAUCCUGUUUCUCUCAAGGCUGAAACGUCCGACACUGAACCGACCGAAGAAGCUCGACCGAACAAAGCUGUUGAUGGCGGUAAAAGUCUCAAGGACAUCGCCCAACAAGAUCUCCAAGAAGCGAAAACGGGCAAUCGAUCCAUGCUCGGAGACCCAGUGAGCCUCAAGGCUGAGACGUCAGACAAGGACCCCUUCGAGGACGAUCAGAUGGGUGGCCUCACCGACAGGAAGGAAAGAGAUUCCAAGUUAUGAUUGUAUGAUGCUCGCGAAAAGGGGAAACAUCUCUUCGGUACAUUCAGUACAUCAGCACCAUGGCAUGGUAACGUCCUAGUCCUUGUAACCAACACAGGCUGCAAGAUAGCUAGAAAUGCAUUCAGGUACCAGCCAUCCCCUAGUUCUACGAAAGCUCAUGCUUGCAAUUUUACUCUUAGAUGAGAAUAUUCAUACACAUACAAAUCUACCGC